CUUCCAGAAUACGUAAUAAACAAAAAACCCUCAACGACCGCCAUUCCCAAACCAAAACCCACCAAAGCCAGCGCGACGCCUCGACCGCGAGCACCACAGACCACCGUCCGGCCGUCUACAGCGCAGCCGCUCCGAGCGACCCCGCGGCCCCGACCUCCGUCCCUGACCACCCCCAGACCGGCCUACUGGACCACGCCGGCCAAAACCACCGGCCGCCCGGGCAAACGAGGCCGAGGCAAGCCCAGGAGGAAAGGGGAGAGGAGAGGCCGCCCUCGGGCCGGGACGGCGAGGCUGGUCAGCGCGGACGGACGCAGGGACCGCGGCCGAGUGGAGGUCUUCGCUCGGGGCGAAUGGGGCACGGUGUGCGACGACCUGUUCAACAUACAGGCCGCGGCGGUGGUCUGCAGGCAGAUGGGGUUUCCCGUGGCUCUGAGGGUGGCCAAGAGGGCCGAGCUCGGGGCGGGAGGCGUCGGCGUCCGAAUCCUGCUGGACGACGUGGAGUGCGACGGAAACGAACGAACUCUGCUGCACUGCAAACACCCCAAGCUGGGCAAAAACAACUGCUCUCACGACGAGGACGUAGGGGUGGUCUGUGGCCAUUACGAGCGUGCAGCGGAGUGAGCGAGUGCGUACAGACCAGUGCUGUCAACAUCCAAAAGAACAGCUUUCGCUUGCGUGCUGUGUGUGUAUUCGUUAUGCAUAUGCAAAUGCCAGAAAUAUAUUUAUUGUUAAUAUAAAUGGCACGGAUAUUGAUCACAGACAAAGACUUUUAUUUUGGAUGUAAUUAAUCGCGAUUAGUCAUCUGACGGCACCAAAAAUACAUCUCACAGACAAAAAAAACCCCACUAUAAAAUUAUUAAGAACUGGAAAUAUCCCUAUUUUUUUUUUUCAUGUAGAAAA